GUGGACCGCUGCCCUCCGCAGAGCACCAGCGAGCUGCUAGGCUUCGGUAUCUGAGGGGAGAGGUAGUGACAAUCUGAGAGGUCCAGGACAUCCAGGCUGCGGUGGUCACGGUACCCGGAGGUGCCGACGGAGAGCUGACCGACUCCCCCUCCCCUCGCUAGGUUUCCGCCACCACAAUGAAGGCUAUCAGCCCGGUGCGGUCCGUCCGGAGCUGUUACGAGGCCGUUUGCUGCCUCUCGGAGCAGAGUUUGGCCAUCGCCCGAGGGGGCAAUAACAAGAGCCUUUCCCUGGAGGAGCCCAUGAACUUGCUGUAUGAUAUGAACGAUUGUUACUCCAAACUUCGGGAGCUGGUGCCGGGCAUCCCGCAGGGCACCAAAGUGAGCCAGGUGGAGAUCCUCCAGCAUGUUAUCGACUACAUCUUCGAUCUCCAGAUCGUGCUGGAGGAGGGGGGUGGCAAGGGUCGCGACACCUCCUCGGAAGCCACUCUGUUGUCUCUCAAGGCGGCCGGGCUGGCAUCGGAACUCUGCGCCAAAGACGAGAGAAGUUUGUGUCACUGACGGCUGGUCCUGCAGCAAACAGCGGCGAGCGGCGGUUCCUGGUUCGUUAUCAGCCGGAGGUAAAUAGCAGCUUCCUCCGCGGCGCCGGGCUGUCUGCGACCUACCGGCCCCGGCAUCGUCUCCCCCGGGCGCGGGGAGCGGCUGGUCCCGACCCCCCCGUAUCCCUCCACCGCCAGCAUCUCCACCUCUCCAUGGAGAGCAGCGUCCCGGCUUGAGCAGGACUUUGGACCCGAAACUGCAGGAGCUCUCUCCGACAGACUGAUGAAGAGGCGGCUGUCUGUAUAUGUUUGGAUUUUAUAAGGUGUUUGAAGGGGAUUUGGGAGGGGUGGGUGGAUUUUAGGGGGGUUUUGGGGAGGGAGGGGUCCAUCCUCGAGUAUGAACCAAACUCUCUGGGGCCACGGCCUCGUUGUAUUGUGGAGCUCUAUACUAGAGUAUAACGUUUGUGCACCUUUUGUGCAGGAAGGUGAAUUUCUGCCAACAGGCUUCGUACUUGUACUUGCUUUAUAAACUUUUUAUAAAAGUUACGUUUUUACAGGAGAAUAAUAAAA